AGAGGAUGGAGUUGGGUAUGAAGUCAUGAAGCUAUGGACGAAGGGGUGGAAAGAGGCGGUGUUAGUACUGUAUAAUGAGAGCCGAGGUGACCACCAGAAGCAGAGAGGAGGCAAACGGUCUGCUGAAGAGAUACGGGAGGAAAGAGGAGAAGAUCGCCGCCUUUUUGCCCAGAAGGAUGAAGUAUCGACGCGGAAUAAUCUUUGAAUGGGAGGAUUCCGUUGAGGAAUUGAAAGAAGAGGCUACUCCCGGCCAGGGGAAUUUCGUGCUCGAAAGGAUGAAGAAAAGGAGGAUAGUGGAUGGAAAGGUGGUGUUCGAGCCAAUGAGGGCUAUAAUGAUUGUGUUCAGGGGGAGUGUACUGCCGACUAGGCUUUUGAUCGGACAAGGACAUGUGGGUAUAAAAAUCGAGCCUUACGUUGAACCUGUGAAACAGUGUUACAGGUGCUUAAGGUUCGGACAUGUACAGGCGACGUGUAGGGAGCAGAUAAGAAAAUGUGCAAAUUGCGGGGAGAAGGAACAUGGUCAAUGCGGGAAGGACUCGAAAUGUGUAAAUUGUGGUGGUAGCCAUGGUUCGCUUUCUAGGGGCUGUUGGGUCUGGCAGAGGGAGGCCGCCAUUAGAAAAGUGAUGGCUUUCCGUAAUGUCGAAUUCGACACAGCCAGAGGAAUCGUGGCGAGAUCCCUGGGCGGCAGGGAAAUGGAUAGACUAGGAGGUUUAGACGUAGACGAAGGUAUGGGGAGCAGGGAGUACCCAGCACUGAGACAAAGAGAGAGGAGGGAAGUGUGGGAAGAAAAAGAAGUCCCAAUUGAGAGAGAGCUGGAAGGAGUAAGAAGGGGAAGAGAGGAAAAUGAUAGGAAUAGAGGCAUAAAUAGGGGAAGGGAGAAAUUUAGCGAGAUAGUGAAGAGAAAGGGCAGGGAAGAGGAGAGAAAGGCCAUCCCAGCGGGUAUGGAGAAGAACAAUGAGGAGGCAGAGGAAGAAGAGGCUGCUACGGGAUGGAGCCAGGUGAGAAGAGGAGCGGGAGUAGCUAAAGGAGGUAGGCCCACGUGCUAUAACAGUAGGACCGACCUUUUCCUGACCAACAAUAGAUACAUAUGCCUUGAAUGCAAGGAGAAAACGGAAAGAAAUGCCAAAGUCCUCCAAAAAAUUCCUUUCCCUUAUGAGCUAGCGGGGAAAGAGGCAGAUAAAGGGGAGAAGGAAAACAACGAUAAGGAGGGAAUGGACGAGAAGGCGGCUAGGGAAGAGGAAAGAAGAAGGAGAGAGGUAGAGAGAAAGAAGAAGGAGAAGCUUGAAGAAAGGCAGAGAGAGGAGGAGGAGAAGAUAAUGAAAGAACUUAUUGAAUUCCUCCAAGGAAAAAAUAUGGAAGGUAGGUUCGAAGAGAUCCUUAAGGCGAGUAGAGGAAAGAGCCCAAGAACAAGAUCGCCCGAAAGUAAGAAAAGUGAGGAGGAAGAUUGGAACGCGGUGGUGACACCUCCGUACCUUAUGUAUGUCGACCCAAAGACAAGGGAAAGGGUUAGAGUGAGGGCAGAGAGGAGAAAUAGAGAAGCCGAAUUAAGAAGGAGAAGAGAGGGAAUAUCUACGGAGUGCAGUCUGUGGUUGGAAAAACAAAGGGCGGACAAGGAGGAAAUGGAAAGGGUGUGGAACCUCAAAAAAAAUGAAGAAGAGAUUCCAAGAAGUCAAGGGGGAGAAAGGGAGGAUGUCAACGAAGAAGGGAGUAAGAAGCAAGAAGAGACAGCGAAAAAAAAGGGAGGAGAAGAUAAAGGGGGGGAGAACGGUAGAGUAUUGCGAGGGAAGGGAGGAAGAGGAAGGAGCCAAGGAGAAAUGGUAAGAGUAAAAAGAAGAAUAAACAAAAGUGAAAGGAAGAAGGAAGAUAGAAACAGAGGAAUAGUGAUGGAAAGAAGGAGUGGAAUAAGAGUCGCAGGAAGUGGAGUGAAAGUAAAGGGGAAUAGUCUAGUUAGCAAGACUGUAAGGUUAGUGAUAAGACGUGAUAGUAUGGGAAUGAUGGAAGUGAAACAAAUAGACAAUAAGACAACACAGACUGUGCGUACAUUGACUGAUAGAUAUAAGAACGAAAAUGGCGUGCAAUCAUUAGAUCAUAAAAAUAAUGCCCGGCUGUUUGGGCAAGAUAGAAGGUUAGAAGACUGGAGAUACCAAAGAGACUGGGGGAAAAAGGGGAGAAAAAUGGGAGUACAAUUAGUUUGUAAGUUUUUAUGGGGGGGAAGGGUCGAAGCGUUGGACAAUCCUAUCAGCAGCGUCAGGGGAAGGGAAGGGGGAGAAGAGAAUGAAAGAGCGUUUGGGGAAAUUGGAGAAAGAUGA